AUGUUAGAUGCAUCAGUAAGGAGUACAACAAAAAAGAAGAACCCUAAAGAAUUCGUACCUAAAAUAAUCGAAAAUAAAGUGAGUGCAAUGUCGUCGGUAUACCUACUGAGAUCAAAUAGGUAUGUUGUACUAUCACUUUAACACGAUUCCGUCUGGCCAUAAUCUGCAAAAGCCAUUAUAUUAUUCUAUAUGUAUAUAUAAUUUAGUUUAAAGAAUUUAAAACAUGCCUGUACAAUUUAUCCAAAAAUAAUUAAUAAUUAUAUUCAGUUUUGCUUUACAUUUUGUUGUAAAAAUCGGUCUACUCGGAGGCGUGGGUUCGAAUCCCACCGCUGCCACCGGUUGUUGUGCCUGUACGAGUUGUUUUUAUUUGUUCGGUGGUGAGAGGUGAGAUCCAAUUUUUAAGAGAGAGUACAACAAAACAGUUCUAAGGAUUUUUGGUUACUAAUAUAAUUUUAAUGUGAGUCGAACUACAUAAUUAAAGUGUAAUAUAUUAUACUAGUCGUCGAGACGACGUACAGUUUUAAAAGUGGUAGCUCGAUUGACUGCGCGGCUCUCAUGCGGGUGCCGUACGGCUACAAUAUUCUCCGAGCCGCCUAUAAACCAGGCGUUAUCGAUAGACUACAAUAAUAUAUACAAUGGCAAAGUGCUCAUAACAAUUUCAUCGUUUUUUCAAAUGUAUUUUAAACCGAGGACGAGUAUAUACCGAUUUUAAAAUUACUUAGUAGAUAUAGAAAAAUGAAUUGCCUCACAAGUCCGUUAACAUAAUUUGCAUAUUGUUUUGUAUGCUCUUGGUUUACAGUAGAACAAGCUAGAAAUGAGUUUUGCACAAUGAAGAGUUUAAAAAUCGAACAAAUAAAUACAUAUUUUAAUACGCAUAUUUAGAUAUGCAUAUUAGUUAUUAUUAUUUCGUUUUCAUUUUAACCUAUCUAUGUAUUUUAUAUAAAAUUGAGUAUAAAACCUAUUUCAUCUCCAUUGAAGUCGACUUUAUCGCGUAUUUCAUUUUAUUUUUAUUUUUGCUUUAUACACAAUAUACCGACGAGUAGAUGUGUGAAGUGACGACAAAAAAUACGAUAAAGAAUGAGCACGUAUAAGAUAAGAUAGCUUAGCCGUAGACAAAAUGAGAGAAAAUAUACUGGGAUAGUUUGACCAUCAAGUUAAGUGGAAGUUUAGGGCGGGAUGGCUGACCAUAAAUAGUUGGGAUGAAGUCGAAGGUGGUGAAGAAGAAUAUAAUGUAUGGACACGACAUUUAUGUUGUUUUUUUUUCAUAUUUAUUAAAUUUUACACAUAUUUUUAAUUGUUUUUUUAUGCAUAUUUUGCAUAGUUUAUAGAUUUAAAUAAAUAUUUUUGGUUUUUUGUGUGCAUAUUUAACAACAUUUACUUCAUAUAACUUCCGAGCCCUACUAAUGGUUAUAUAAGGCUCCUCAGCUUUAAAUUUUGUAGAAUACUAAAAACUAAUAAAACAAACUAUAUACACUCAUUAAUAAUUAUAAUUUCUUUAACACGAAAUUUAAUAAAUUAAUUAACUUUAGAGUAGGUACUAAAUACUUCUGUAUAUAUUUAUUAUUGUAUUUAUUUAUUAUUAUUAUGUUAGAUUAUUCCACAAUCUACUGCCGUUCCCAGUCAAACAACCAAACCAAAUUCAUUACCUGUUGAAAAAGUUUGUAUUUUGUAUUGUCAAUACGUGUUUUAUUAAAUAUUUUUCAAAAUACAUUUUAUAGGCAAAUUAUCCUACACUUAUGGAAAGAAUUGAUAAAAUCAAACAAUAUGAUGCCAUUGGUGGUGAUAUCAAUAAUGAGCUGCAAAUUAUAUUUAAGGAGGUAAUUUAUAAAAAAACUCACAACCACUACACUUUUUUCUUAAAUGAUUCUCUAAAAUCAUAUUUAAAAAUGUUACGAGAUGAUUAUUAUUAUGUGUUUGAAGAAUGGCGUCGAAAGGAUAUCAAUUUGUUUAGUAUUGUAUUAGUAUUCAUUAUUCCCUUCUCUUACAAGACUUGAAAUGACUUAAUUUCAAACACAUAUAUGAUCCAGGAUGUCAUGAUGAUAUUCACAUAGUCAGUGACAAUAUUAGAAUAAACUUUGCAAACCAAGUCAUCUUUUAAAUUUUACGAACUUAAUGCCAUUUUAAAAAGGGUCUUCCUUGUUCAUGACAAUCAAAUAAAUUAAUAACUGUUUUUUUUUUUCUCAUAUAAUUAAAGUAAAUAAAACUAAUCCAAUUCUCUUACUUUAAGGAUAAAAUGAAUGUGUGGGACACCCUUUAGAGGUUGAACUUCCAGAUUGAAAAUUAACCUAAAACUUUCUCCUUAUUGAAAUUCUAUGAAUAAUAAUGAAAACCGUAUCAAAAUCGGUUCAAUAGGUUUCGAGAUUAUUACCACUAAACAAACGUUUCCUUUUUAUGGAGAAAUAUAUCUUAUAUUUAUUUAUCUUAUCUUCUCGUGUCUCUCUCUCUAGAGAAAUGUGAUAACAAAAAAAGCAGACGUUCAGUUUUAAUAAUUUUAUUGUACUAAUAUUAAAUAUAUAAAUAAAUAAAAUAAAAUAACAUGAAUCUUGAUAUUUUCCAUUUUAUUUGAUAUUUAUGAUUGUACACAAUGCUUGAGAGGGUAGGACACGGAGGAAGAGGACAGGGUACCACUUCAUUUCUAAAAAUAUUUUAACUUGCCCGUUCUUUUUUUUCAUAAUGGCCAGUCAGAAUUGUUUACAGCAAAAAUUGAUUAAAAAGUGCGUGAUUAAAAGUUUACUGACUUCGAAAUAUACCGAAUUUACCGAUAUAUAUCCAAAAAUGAUUUAAUGAUAUUUUUUUUAUUUAUCUUUCAUUAAUAAGUGAUAAGCUUGAUGAUAAUAAUAAUAUAACGAUUAUCAUGUUAUAAAAUGAUUAAAUGGUCGUUGAAUUAAACACAAAAUACAUUUAUAUAUAUGAUUUUACGGUGGACUUUUAUGUAUUUUCCUAGUGUGAUAAAAAUUAUAAAAAUUUGAAUCAAAAAAGGCCAUGGAGGGGGAGGGAUAACUGUCCUUUUCACCAUACCCCCCUCCCCCGAACGCUCCUGAUUCAGUAUGCAAAUAUAUUGAACUAUAUAAAAAUAUAUGGACAAUUGAUUCCUUUUUUCCAAUUUAAGCACUGGUAGAUAAUAUGAUCACAAAAUAAUAAAUUUAUCAUUUUCAAAAAACAAAUCAAUUUAGAUUCUAUAAAAUAUUUACUUGAAAAUUAUUUAUACAUACUCCUAAGUGUAACAUUAUUAUAAUUUCAUGUUUCCUUACAGUAUCAACAAAUGAGAAAUGAUCUAUCAAAUGAACUCGACAACAUAGUUAAACUUAAAUCAGAUCCGGGCGAAAUUUGA